AUAUUAAUUUGUUUAAUGCUACUUGGCAAACUAGUUCUGAUAAGAGCUACUGAGGAGAGACGGAAGAAGAGGAUGCAAAGCUUCAAGGCAUCAAUUGUUAGGCGUUGUGGCUACACUUUACGAGCUCUGACUCAGUACCGGACUCUUUCUUCUCUUCCUGAAAACGUUCUUAAUGAUGAUCUUGACAAUCAGGUUUUAGCGGAAGGUAGAGCUAGUUCUCGAAUGGCGAUUCUUAACAGACCCUCGGUUCUCAAUGCCCUCAACACAAAUAUGGGGGAUAGGUUGAAUAAUCUAUAUACAUUUUGGGAAAAUGAUCCAGAUAUUGGCUUUGUGAUGAUGAAGGGCAGUGGUCGGGCGUUUUGUGCUGGUGGAGAUAUAGUUGCACUCUAUCAUUUGAUUAACCAAGGGAAGCUUGAAGAGAGUAAGAACUUCUUUAGGACACUAUAUAGUUUCAUAUACCUACUAGGCACCUAUUUGAAGCCACAUGUGGCUAUUUUGAAUGGCAUUACUAUGGGCGGCGGGGCUGGAGUUUCCAUACCUGGGACAUUACGGAUUGCCUCUAGUAGAACUGUUUUUGCUACCCCAGAAACUCUAAUUGGUUUUCACCCUGAUGCUGGUGCAUCCUUCUACCUCUCACAUCUACCUGGCCGCUUAGGGGAGUAUUUAGGUCUGACAGGUGAAAAACUCAAUGCAGCAGAAAUGAUGGCUUGUGGACUAGCUACACACUAUUCGCUUAGCGAAAGACUACCAUUAAUUGAAGAAGCACUUGGGAAAUUGGUUACUGAUGACCCUUCUGUCAUUGAAGCAUGCUUGGAAAAGUACUGUGACAUUGUCUACCCAGACCAGAUGAGUGUAUUUCACAGGAUUGAAAUACUUGACAAAUGUUUCAGCCUUGACACAGUAGAAGAAAUUAUUGAUUCUUUGGAACGCGAGGCAGCUGCAACAAAUGCUGCUUGGUGCAGCUCCACUUUAAGAAGACUUAAAGAAGCCUCACCAUUGAGCUUGAAGGUUUCCUUGAGAUCUAUAAGACAAGGUAGAUAUGAGACCUUUGAUCAAAGUUUGGUCCGUGAAUACCGAAUGUCUUUACAAGGAAUAUCUAAGCAAAUUUCUGGUGACUUUUGUGAGGGAGUUCGUGCACGAAUGGUGGAUAAGGACCUUGCCCCAAAGUGGAGUCCCCCAAGUUUAGAACAGGUGUCGGAAGAUAUGGUUGAUUGCUAUUUUUCCUCACUUAGUGAAUCUGAGCCUGAUCUAGAGCUGCCCACGAAACUGCGUGAAGCUUUUAAUUAGUUUCAAAAGCUUAGUGCUGGAUCUUUAGAAUGAUUUGGAAGCCUCACUCUCUUAAAGUACAUACAGGUAUUGUCGUUCAGAUCAGAACAGCAGAAUAAUUUCUAAAAUCAAUUAUUUUCUAGUAGCCAAAUGUUCCUUAGACAAUUUAUUUAUUUAUAGUUAAUAUAAAAACCCAGCACGAUAAUUUAUUAA